AAAGUUAUUAUCAUAGCAGCACAGCGGCAGCAACAACAACAGCAGCAGCAAUGGCCGCUUUCCGCAGAGUGUCAGCGCUGGCCGGUAAGCUAAACCUCUGGUCGGCGGCGAGAAACGAGUUUGUCGGUGGUCAGACGGUCAAUGGAGGAAGGACACGGAGGUGUCUGGCUGUCGGGAUGUGUCUUGCAACAGGAGGCGCCGUGGCGCUUUACUUCUACAACGAUACGACGAGCGGCAGAGGCAGGAAGAGGAUGGAGAGUCACAGCAUCAACGGCUUGCUACCGUCCAUCCCGACCGUGGAAGCCAAGGAGAAGGGACGUCCGUUUGACUUCGAUGAUGGAGACGUGUACAUGUCAUCCCACGAGCAUCGCUUCCGCACGUUCAGCUCUGUGGAGUAUGAUGGGCAGCUGUACAUGACUCCACAGAACUUCAUCGAGUCAGUCACCAUGAGCGAACCCAGGAACAAGAAGCCCUGGAGGUCCCUGACCAAACAGGAGCUGGAGAAGAUUUUGACAGAAACUCCACCAGUAUGGCGAGGAUCCUCCAAACUGUUCCGCAACCUGAGAGAACGAGGCAUCAUCUCAUACACAGAGUACCUGUUCCUGCUCUGCAUCCUUACAAAGCCCCAUGCUGGCUUUAAGAUUGCUUUCAAUAUGUUUGAUGCAGACGGCAACCAGAUGGUGGACAAGAGGGAGUUCUUGGUGCUUCAGGAGAUCUUCCGGAAGAAAAAUGAGAAGAGAGGGAGGAAAGGAGAUGCUGAUAAGUCAGCACAGCUGAGUAUGCAGCUCUAUGGAUAUCAGGUUGCCCCCAUGAACAGCGUGCUAAAAAAAGACAGUCAAGAGUUUGUGGCGCGGAGUUACUGGGACAUUCUGAGGCGAAGCGCCAGUCAAGUCCUCUUUUCUGAUCUGGCGGAGCGAGCAGAUGAGAGCAUCACCAUUGACACCACCCUACUGGUCCAUUUCUUUGGGAAGAAAGGGAAGGCAGAGCUUACGUUUGAUGACUUCUACAGGUUUAUGGAUAACCUUCAAACAGAAGUGUUGGAAAUUGAGUUUCUGACCUACUCUAAAGGGAUGACCACCAUCAGUGAAGAAGACUUUGCUAAAAUCCUUCUGCGCUUCACCAAUGUGGAAAACAUCAGCGCCUACCUGGAGAAUGUCCGCCAGUGUAUACCUGAUGAGAAGGGAAUCACCUUUGAUGAGUUUAGAUCCUUCUUCCAGUUUCUCAACAACCUCGAGGACUUUGCCAUUGCCAUGCAGAUGUACAAUUUCGCCGCUCGCUCCAUUGGACAAGAUGAGUUUGCGAGAGCUGUGUAUGUGGCCACUGGGCUGAAGCUGACCCGUCACCUCGUACACACCAUCUUCAAGAUCUUUGAUGUAGAUCACGAUGACCAGCUCUCCUACAAAGAGUUCAUCGGGAUAAUGAAGGACCGUCUGAACAGGGGUGCCAGGGUGAAGGACCGACACCACACCUCCUUCCCUAGCUGUGUUCGCUCCGGGGCCAGAAGACAAAUGCACCAGCUCUGGAGGAGGUACAAGGAGAAGCUGUAGAAGGAAGAGGUGGAGAAGACAGAAAAAAAACAUGAAGGAAGAAGUCUGAUGAUGGAAUAAAUCAAACUGAGCUCUGACAUGUAUAGUAUUUUUAAGGCCAGAUCUCCAGUGGACCAACAAUGCAGAUAACUACGAGCAUGACCGCACACAGCUGACUGACGCUCUGAAAGCUGAUAACAAGCAAUGCCAUCCUGUCAUCUUGAUGCCAAUCAUGCCAUGCAUGACUUACAGUGUACUAAAACAAAACAGAUUUAAAUUGCAAUACGACUUUACUCUCCAAGCAUGGCUCCUCCGCAACAGUCAGUAAAACUGCAACUAAUCAUUAUUUCUAUUUUGGAUAAAUCUGUCAAUUUUUAAAAUUAAGCUUUAAAAACAUGUUUUAAUUAACUUACUUAUUCUGGCCAGCCUAUACAUAAAAAGUAUUCAUUUUAUUACAAUAUUAUACAGUAUAUAUAAGCAAGUGUUAGCAUGUUUGAACUUCUACCAAACAAAUGCUAUUUUCACUAAAUUAAGUUACCAAUCACUUAUCAAAACUAUGAGGUAUGCUUUUUUAAACUAAGAAUACCUAGUUGACCUGCUGCACUGAACUGCACAACUGAUAGAGCACAACAAUAAUUAAAUAACAUUAUUUGAUGAUGAACGUUAUCCAUAAUAACAGGAAUAUACAAGUAAUAUAUUAACAGAUAGCAGAACACUAAAAUUAAAUAAUUAAAUGGGGUAUGUAUAGUCCUCAUCUCAUUUUAAUCAUCUCAGUCUUUUUUCCCUUAAAUUUUGUUUGAUCUCAUCUUGCUGGUGUAGUUGUUGUUUUUUAUUGUACUAAGAGAGAAUAUAAACACUAUUGCUACCGUUUAGCAGUGCUAUAUCCUUUGACCUGGAUGUGACAGCUGUUUUCUUUUGCAAUUUCAAUAUUUGACAUGAAUGAAUCCUUAAUGUCUUGACCUCUUCUGUGUCUUAGUCGCAUGUAUAACAUAUGGUUAUAUACUUAUCCACAUAUGUGCCUUCUAUACAUUCCCUUUCUCAUCUGAAAAAUGUCACAUAGGAAACCACACUUUUUCAGGAAAAUAAUUAAGCACUGUGUAGCUUUUAACAGCAACGGAACUGGAUAACGUGCAUUGAACAUGAAUGAAUUAUUCAUUCAUUCAAUUAAUCAUUUAUUGUUGAUAACAUGUCUUAGUGUGAAAUAUGGAAAUUAGUUUGAAUAUAUUGAAAUGAAGGAAGAAGUCGGGAAUGGUGGGGGUUUGCCAAGUUUAUUUCUCAUAAUGUAAAUUAUUGUCAUUGUUCCCAAUGAUUCAUGUAUUUGUGCAUCAGUGGACCUGGUGAAUUCAUGCAUGAAUAAAGACAUUCACUGAG